AAAACUGGAGUCCCUUCCCAUGGCUCCCACUGCAGACCACAAAACGGCCUUAAACAAAGUAAGAGCAAAUGCCAGUGAGCACAGGAGGUGUGUAGGCUUGAAAUGAACUGACCCACCAGUGGCAAUGGUGAGAGCUCAGAGGGAGGACUCCACUCUUCUGAGCAUGGUGGAGCUUCGGCAAUCGUGGGAUUCCUCUUCGGACAUCUCAGCUGCUCCUGUUGUGUGUGCACUUUUCAAAGCUGAAAAGGCAAGAAAGUCUCUGAGCAACAAUCCAGUACCCUGGAGGCACCAGCUGAGCCGCAUCCCAACACUGUGCUCGGACUUUCCCCCCAGCAAAUUCAGGUGCAUGUGUGCUCAGCCACAUACAUCUGUACACACAAGUACCCUCACCGCAGCCCGCCGUGUUUUAGGAAUAAGCCUUUCAACAAGUUUAACACUGAACUGCAAGGUUAACCUUGUGGAGCCCAUUACUUCCCAUUCCUCAAUAACCACGUUUCAUCAAGAAAAGAGGGGAAUGAGUGGAGCUGAUUCAACAGAAUGCUGGCGUUUCAUCCUAGGAAAAGACUGGCCACAGUUGGCCUUAGAGGUUCCUGCUGGUGCUCACGGACUAUGGAGAGGCACUGCUGAAGGACUGAAAACCAUCGGGCUUAAUGAGAACUGGAGAAGAGCUGUGCAGCCAGCACCCGCUGAAGCCGAGGCUGGACACGUUGGUGACCUAGCAUACAGCAAAGCUGAAGACAACCUCUGUUGGGACUUCUUCCUACCUGGGGCACGAAGCCUGUAUCCCUGAUGAGGGGCUGAAGAUGACGCACUGACACCUGGCCCUGAGUGUAUGUAGAUCCUGGCUCCUUCAUUCAUUAGCUUUACCACCCUGGCAGGUUACUUAAAAUCCAGAGUCUCCGUUUCCAGUAAAAUGAAGAAUAACAGCGCUCAGGCGUUAAGAACAGGACAGUGGCUGGCAAACAGUGUAAGGUUUUAAUAGAUACCCAUGGUUUAAUAGAUACUACUGCCAGCACACCCUCGCCACCUCCGCUGUUAUUCUUCGUAACUCCUUCUCAGGGCCUGGCUUUGCUGGCUGGGCACUCCUGACAUGCCUGUCUGUGCUAGAAGCACAACUCUGGGAAAGAAGGGAGUUGUAAAUGCCAUCUGUCAUCUCCAGUGGGGAUUGAAAUGGGUUCCUUCUUUCUCUCUGCUCGGAUAAACAGGGCAGUGAAUGAGUAGUCUUAGCGCUAAAAUGACCAGGGUCCAAAUCUCCACCUGCCACUUAGUGGGUGAGUAACUGAGCAAGGCUCACAAAAAGGAUGGUACAAUAACACCUCCAUGGUGAACACAUGCUCCACCAUAGGAAGUGCCGUGAUUAUAUACUGUGGCUGCACUCCAAUCUCCAUACACAGUAUCACACGUAAGAAUGCCCUAAAGGAAUGUCUACCAAAAGAGAGGUCUUUAAUGGCAGGAUGAACUGAAACCAAGUGAUAACCACAGAGAGUCUGAGCUGAUUUUCUUGCCAUAAAAAUCUUCUACAUUAGUGUUCAGGCCAUACCCAGGACAGCCAUGCAUGGUACCCCAUUGGCUCAAAGAAACUAGAAACCCACAACAUUAAUAAACGAAUCAUGGCAAUGUGGCUUUGUAUUUUGGGGGGUUAUUUGUCUGGGCAGACUUCGCUAACGGUGUGAAGAGAUUACAACACAGCACUGCCAGCUAAAACUUUAAUUACCCACAAUUGCUUGCUGUGAGUUCCUUUCCCAAAUGGUCUCAUGCGUAUUCAUCAUUGUAAUUACAGUAGUGAAAAAGCCCACAACUAAUUAUUCCAUGUUCCCCAUCUUUCACAUGCCUAGAAUUUUUGCAUAAUUACUGUUGAAAUUAAUUGCAAGUUAGUCGAUUUUAUACUUUGUCCUUUCAAAACCUAAUUGAAAAUUAAUUUAAAAGACACAAAAAAAUAAGGGAGAGGAAUCACCAACCACCUACCUUCAGCUCUUGUCAGAUCUGGCCUCUUAUACAUAAGGAUGUGAUGUAAUGAGUCUAGGCUGAAAGCAGGGUUUCUCACGUCAAGCUAUAACAGAAAACCUGUCAUCUCAGCAACUGUCUCUGUUUCCCAUUUUCAAGGCCUAACUGCACCCAGGCAUUUAAGAAACAUCACAUAUACAUACUGUAGUAAAAUGAUUAAAAAAGUUUUUUCUCCCAGUUGUUAUGGAACUCUGUUCUCGCAAUUUCUUGACUUGAGUUACUUUCAUUCAUCUGUAAGGAAACAGUAAGGAUACAUUUAUUGAGACUAUCUUUUUUUAAAUUUUAAAUUAAUAAAAAUGUUUUUUAAA